AUGUCUCGAUUCCCGGGCGACCCAUGGGGAGUACUGGGGCUGCCAUUGGGCAGUGACCGGGCGACCGUGAAAGCCCGCUAUCGCGAGCUCGCCCUCCGGCUCCAUCCUGACACCUGCGACUGCCCAACCCCUGAAUCAACAGCCAGAUUUGCGGAGGGCUCGCAGCAGGUCAACAACCCCCACACCGGCUACAGCCACGUGCAUCGCCAGCCGCACAACGUCUGGCGACCAAAACAAGGGCGACCGUCCUCAGGCCUGCUCCUCGCCGGGCUCACCUUCCUGGCUGGCUGUGGAGUGCUGGUAGGAUCUCUGUGGAUGCACAGCGCAGGUGGGCUGGGUUACCAAGCAAACACGCUGGCCGAGGCGGAGGGGCGCCUGCACUCCCCCAGCGAGCGGCGGCAGCGUCUCGUGGACAUCAUCAUGCAGGAGCGGCAAACGAUGGCGGCGAAACGCAAGACGGAGACUGAAGACUCGGGCUGA